CCUGUGUUGCAGCACCGGCAGUAGGCGGUAUAGCAUCGGGACGGGAAAAAAAUGUGGAGAGAAUCCAGUCUCCUGCGAGGCUGGCGGAUAAACGCGUGUGAUGCUGCUGCUGCAACACCUCUGGAGGCGAUGCAGGAGCGGCGGUGCAGCAGACACUAAAGCGGGGAGACAGACACUAAAACACCGCCUGAGAGACAGCAGAAACACCGGAGGAUUAGCUGAUUGAACCCGUGAUCGCCCAGUUUCUCAGACGGAGACCCCCAGCCUCCAUUCGCAGCAUAAGAUGGUGAUGCUCUUAACAACAAAGUGAAGAGAAUUUCAAUCAUGGCGAGGCUCGUCUUUUCCCUCCUGCUCCUGUGUGGAUGCCAAAAUAGUCUCGGCACGUCCUCAGAGGCUCAAAAGGAGGCGGCGGCCAAUGACAACAGCACAGUUUUCACGAGGAUCCUUGACGGGCUCCUCGACGGUUACGACAACAGGCUCCGUCCGGGGCUUGGAGAAAACGUCACCGAGAUCAAGACGAAUAUAUUUGUCACCAGCUUCGGCCCGGUGUCUGACACAGAGAUGGAGUACACCGUCGACGUGUUCUUCCGUCAGAGCUGGAAGGACGAGCGUCUGUGCUUCAAAGGGCCCAUGGAGAUGCUGCCGUUGAACAACCUGCUCGCCAGCAACAUCUGGACCCCCGACACCUUCUUCCUUAAUGGAAAGAAAUCUAUCGCUCACAACAUGACCACGCCCAACAAGCUGCUGAGGCUCCAGGAUGACGGCACUUUGCUUUACACCAUGAGACUGACCAUUUCUGCAGAGUGCCCCAUGCAGCUGGAGGAUUUCCCCAUGGACGCUCACGCCUGCCCGCUAAAGUUCGGCAGCUAUGCUUAUCCGGUGUCCGAGGUGGUCUACACGUGGACUGAGGGAGCGUCUAUGUCUGUGGUUGUAGCUGAUGGCGGAUCCAGACUCAACCAGUAUCAUCUCCUCGGGCAAAUCGCCGGCACAGAGAACAUACACACAAGCAGAGGACAGUACACAGUGAUGAUGGUCCACUUCUUCCUGAGUCGGAAAAUUGGAUAUUUUGUCAUCCAGACGUACAUGCCGUGUUUCAUGACCGUAAUCCUGUCCCAGGUGUCAUUCUGGCUCAACAGAGAAUCAGUUCCUGCCAGGACUGUCUUCGGGGUGACCACAGUGCUGACGAUGACCACCCUCAGCAUCAGCGCCAGGAACUCUCUCCCUAAAGUCGCCUACGCCACCGCCAUGGACUGGUUCAUCGCCGUGUGCUACGCCUUCGUCUUCUCCGCCCUCAUCGAGUUCGCCACGGUCAACUACUUCACCAAGAGGAGCUGGGCCUGGGACGGCAAGAAGGCUCUGGAAGCUCAGCACCCUAAGAAACGAGACCCCAUGGUUCUCUCCAAGAAGCCCAAUAACAUCUGUUCAGCGGGGCUCAACUACACCCCAAACCUCACCAAGGACGUGUCCAUCUCCACCAUCUCCAACACCACGUCGGUGCAGCUCCGCGCCUCCGAGAUCAAGAUGGUGGACCCCAAGAAGACGUACAACAGCGUGAGCAAGAUCGACAAGAUGUCUCGGAUAGUGUUUCCCGUCCUCUUUGGAACCUUCAACCUGGUGUACUGGGCCACGUACCUCAACAGAGAAUCGGUGACGGGCACGACGUCAACGUAAUCUCUUUUUGUGUGUGUGUGUGUGUGUGUGUGUGUGUAAGGGAUUAAGUUUGAGAGUGGGUGGACUAAAAAAAAAAGGGGACAAAA